AUGGCGCGCGCGCGCGCGCUCGCCCUCGCGCUCACCCUCGCGCUCCUCCUCGCGCCCUCCGACGACGACGCGUUUACUCGGGGCGCGUCGACGGCGCUCAUGCUGGCGCACGGCGCGGUCGUGGCGUCGCAGUGCCCCGUCGGAGACGACGCCGUGCUGCGAACGACGGGCUCGAACGGCGCGGUGGCGUCCGGGGACCUCUCCCAACCCGCAUCCCUCGUCUCCGGAUGUUCCUACGACUUCAACCUCGGCGACCGCACCGAGCUGUACCUCGUCAUGCGGCGCGACAGCGAGGACCAGAGGCUGACGAUUGAGUGGGACCUGACGUACGAGUACAAGGCGCCGACGUUCGCGUUCACGUGGAACGGGCAGAGCACCCGCGGCGCGGAAGGGUUGAACCCGCACACGCACUCCGAGAUUAAGAGCGUGAUGUACGCGGACUGGCUGUGGACCCCGGGCGCGCCCACCGGGUCGCACACGUUCGCGCAGAGCGACGACGGCAGGGACGAGUACCACUGCUCCGCCGCGUGCCGCGCGUUCGAAACAAAUCUGCCUUCGAAAACCGGCGAUCUGUACAUCACGCUCUCGACGUGGCAGGCGUACAACCCGGUGGAGGGCAGCGUGAUCGUUCGCAUGGAGACGCCGAGGAAGGCGAUCAAGGAGGCACAGCUGGACGUCAUCAAGGCGGUGUACGACGCGACGUGCGCGAGUCGGUUGGCGCCGGCGACGUGGUCGUCGGACGAAUACCUGGCCAAUACAAACACCGACCCGGGCCAGAUGCCGCACUGCGAUUGGAUCCCGGGAGGUUGGAAGUCCACGUGGCACACGUCCAACGCGUGCGACGAGAUCCCGGGGCUGACGUGCGACGGCGAAGGCGACGUCCUCGGGUUGCGGGUCACGGAGAAGGGCCUGGCGGGGGACUUACCACCCGGCCUCGCGGGAAAACUGCCAAAGCUCGAAGAACUCAACCUCGACGGCAACCAGUUGACGGGGAACGUGCUGGAGGUGCUGAUGUAUUCGUCGUCGAUCAGGUCGUUCAGCGCGGCGGGGAACGGGUUACGCGGGAGGAUACCGUGCCCCGGCGCCGGGCCGCCGCCGAAUGGAUUGGAUUCAGAGUCGGAUUGGUCGAGUUGGUAUAAUACGGCGGUGGACGCGUGCGGCGCGAGCGCGGGGAACCCGUACGUGCGACACAAGGGCGCGAAAGGCCUGUACCACCUCGACUUGGGACAGAACGCGUUGGACGGGGAGGUGCCCGGCGCGUGCCUCGCGGCGUGCGCGCCGUCGCUGGCGAGCGUCGACCUCGCCGGCAACGGGCUCGUUGGCGCGAUACCCGCUUCCUUUGCCAACCUCAGCGACACGCUCAGGGCGUUGGACCUCGGCCAGAACAGACUGACCGGGACCUUACCGGCGUCCUACGCGUCUCUCGCGAAGUUGCGGACGCUGGAUCUGUCGCUGAACCGCAUCGGCGGCGGCAUCCCGCCGUCGUGGAUGACGGACAUGACGGCGCUGUACUCGAUCGAUUUGUCGCACAAUUUAAUCACCGGCGAGCUACCCGCGACGGGCCCGCGCCUGACGCGGCUUCGCAGAGUGUUCCUGGGCCACAACAAGCUGCGCGGCGGUGACGUCGGCUCUCAACUGGUACAUUUAUACGACGCGCUGAGGUCCGAGACGCACGAGCGCGAUUCCUUCGCCGCGGGGACGACGUACGUCCUGUCGGGUAACGAUUUCUCCGGGCCGCUUCCGGAUGCUUUGCGCCAGCUGUUCACGCACCCGAAGACGGCGAGGGCGUUGGCGCAGGUGCGCCUGGGGGGUAACAGGUUCAGGUGCGAUAAGGCAACCGGCGGGUGGCCGCGGUGGGCGGCGAAACUGCAGCUGGGGCACGCGCACUCGUUCGGCGCGUGCCAGCCGGUGCCGGUGGUUACGUCGGUGCGCAAAUUCGUCGGCGCAUCAAACAAAGAACAAACGACGAGCGCGGUACGUUCGUCGGGAGACGAAGGAGACGCGCCGAUCGUGCCGGUCGUUCGCAUGGGUGAUCCGCUGGAGAUUCGCGGCGAGGGGUUCGUGGUGUCCGACGAGGCCAGGUGUCGCUUCGCGAUUCGCCGCGGCCGCGACGCCGACGGGACGGAGAGAUUGCGAUUCGCGUACUCGCCGGCGACGGUGAUUCUUCCGGAGACGAAUUCACCGACCAACGGGGACCCGCCACGUGGCGGCUUUGGCCGGCUCACGUGCGACGCCGGCGUUUUCGACGCGUCCGACCUGACGAUCCCGCUCGACGCGAUCGUCUCCGUGGCGAUGUUCGGCGACGACUUUUACGAUGACGACACGGUUGCGAACCAUCGAGAGUUUUUUAUUCGCUUGGCGUGUCCGGCGCGAACCGCGGGCGCGCACUGCCAGCACACCGCGGUGAACCUCUGUAACGACGCGGGUGUUCCCACCGACGACGGACGUGGGUGUAUGUGCGACGAGGGCCGCGUCGGGGGCCGGUGCGACGCGUGCGCCGAGGGGUGGUCCGCCACGUACGUCGUCGACGGGGGCGAGAUCGGAGCCGGCGAAUUUGGGAAUAACGCGGGCAAACUCGCCUCGUGCGACGCUCCGGACGGAGACGCGAACGGAGGCGCCGGGAACAAGGACGCGCCGACGCUCGUGCCGUGGGCGGAGUGGGCGCUCAUCGCCGGGUCGUGCGUCACCACCGCGUUGGCGGGCGUGUUGUACCUCGUGGUGACGCGGGAGCUCAAGGGGUCGCCGGUGUUUGCGCCAGCUGUGACGGCGAGGACGGACGCGCCGAACCUUCGCGAUUCUUCCGGUGAUGGGUCUAGAAACGCGUCGGGAAACCCGCCGCCCGACGGUGAGAUCCCGUUCGACGACGCGUUCGGGGGGAGCCUCCCGCCGAUGGUCGGACGCGGCUACGCCAACCUUCGCGACGAGGAAUCCGGGCGUUGA